AUGGGUUUACUCAUAAGCAAUCUGACAGUAAGCACCCAAGAAGAAACUUAUGCAGUGGGACUAGAGGGAUCAGAUAUCUUUAGCAGGCCUCCGCUUUUGGCAAAUUUUAGCAUUACUUCUCCCGACUUUGGCAGGAGAAAGGAUCAGGUUUCCAAGAAAUUCUGGGGUCAUAUAGCACUCAACAAACUCUUUCUCAAACAGAGCACUGAUGAUGACUUAAAAAAAAAAGACAACUACAAUCAUUUGACCGAUGAAAUGAACAGGAUUUAUACCAGUGCGCCUCGAAACUUAACGGUUAGGAGAAACCCCGUGGUAGUGAGAAUAGAUUUAACGAACUUUGCAUGUUCAGUCCUGGGUCAAGACACAAAUGGUACAGUAAACAUUCUUAUACAUGCCCAGGGGAAGGAAGCCUUGCUACAACCCAUAAGCUUAAAAUCACAAAGUGAAUGGAGAGGACAGCAUCUACACAAUUCCAAUUUCUGA